UUUUUUGUUGCUGUGUUCACACUAUGGAGUGGAAAUAGCUGCAGAAACACGGUUAUAAACAGAAGAUGAGUUCUCAGCAGUUUCCCAGAGCUGCGUUGCCUCCCUCUUUGUCUGGACAGAGUCAGACAUCUACUGGCAGUUCUGGUCUAGCGAUGCAAGCAGGUGGUGAUGAAAGCAGUCGUGAAGUAGAUCACUCUCAAGACACUCCUGGCAGUAGCGCUGGAGCAGCAGGAUCGUUUCGUGAUGAUAAGCAGGAGACUGUUGUGGUUAGACCAUAUCCACAGAUCCAAACCAUCAGCCAGCCUCCUGCUCUGCCCCAACAUGUGCCUAUUCAACCCAGCCCUCCUAUAACUGUGUCUGCCCCUUCAGUUCACCUGCCACAAGGCCAGCAGGCAGGCAUCAGUGAGGGCUCACUGAAGGCUGCUUUGAAGUCACCUAUGCCCAGUCGUCUGAUAGCACCUGCUCCUGCAGUUACCCAAGGCCAUAUUCCUGUCCCAGCCAAGGUGGCUGGACACAUUACAGUUCCACUGGAAAGCAGCAUCACUUCAGCUUCUAUACCAGUGGCAACCAUCAGUGGUCAACAGGGGCAGAGUAAUUUGCAUCACCUAAUGCCGACUAAUGUGCAGAUCAUAAGGAGCAGUGCACCUGCACUACAAAUUGGAUCUCCUGCUCCUCCUCCUCCUCACACUUUCACCUCCCACCUACCUAGAGGUGCAGUCGCUGCAGCUGUCAUGUCCAGUACUAAAGGCCCUACUGUUCUCAGACCAGCCGGAGGAGGAAACACGGGCCCUGGCCAGCCUACAGCUGUGCAGCACAUUAUACAUAAGUCUAUUCAGUCUCGACCCUUGGUGACCACAUCUACGACUGUUCUACCCACCAUGGUGGCUCCUAUCACAGCUGCCAGAACCCAGUCUCCAGUCAUCAGUACCCCUGUGACACACACGGCAGAGAUUCAUGGGCGACCAGUAAAUAUUCACCCUCCAACCACCAUUAACAUCCAGCGUCCACCAGCCCCACGGGAUACUGCUGCUCGCAUCACUCUACCAUCCCACCCAGCUAUUGGAGCCCAGAAGGCCCAGUCCUCUCAUCCUGUCGCACAAAAGCCGAUCUUCAACACUGUGACCCCUGUUGCUGCUGCUACAGUAGCUCCUAUCUUAGCUACUAACACUGCUCCAUCAGCCACCACUACAGGCUCUGCAUCACACACCCAAAUGACCAGUAGCACCAUUGUCACCAUGACAAUGGCCUCUCACUCAUCUCAUGCUACAGCGGUGACCACCUCUGCUAUUCCCGUUGCUAAAGUUGUUCCUCAGCCAAUUGCACACACGUCUCCACGUAUCCAGACAGAAUAUCCUGGAGAGAGGGCUAACCUGAUUCCCAUCUCAGGUCAUCGUUCCUCUCCAAACCCAGUCACUAUGGAGGCCCGCAGCGAUAACAGACCAUCUGUGCCAGUACAGUUUCAGUACUUCUUACCCACAUACCCCUCAUCACCAUACCCUCUGACCCACACCUACACCCCCAUCACUAGCUCUGUCUCUACUAUCCGCCCCUACCCAGUCACGGCUCAGGCUCAAAGCUCAGCUCUUCCAGGUCAGGCUGGUGUGGGUGUGGCAACCACUGUACACUUGAACCCCAUGCAGUUAAUGGCAGUGGAUCGCAUUGGCCUGCAGUCUGCCCAGAUCAGCACCCAGAACAUCCAGCCAGCCUCCAUGACCACUCAGGGCAUUCAGCCUGCACCAAUAGGAGUACAGGGACUGCAUGCCACCGCACCAAUCAACACGCAGAGCGUACAGCAGCUUCCAGUUGUCACACAGCAGUCACAGUCAGAAACGAAACCAUCAGGUGUAGUUAUGGCUGAAAGCACUGCCUUUGUCAAUAAUCCGGUCGGGAGCACUUUCAGUGGCACCCAGCCUGUCACUACGGUGGGCCAGACACACCCUCAAGGGGCGGGCACUGGUCCACCGACCCUUCUCUCCUCCCCCCGACCUAGCAUCCUUCGCAAGAAACCUGUGACCGAAGGGGCCGUGCGUAAAAAUCUGAUCCCAGCACAGCCAAGCGAGCCUAACACUGUCCGGAUGGAUAGUGGGAUGCGGCUAUCAGGAUCCCCUCGCCCAGCGGGGGUGAAGCCCAAAUCUGAUGUUCAUGUUACUAUGGCACCCUCAGUCAUGGCUGCUGUGGAAGCUCUUCCCAGUCAUGGAGGAGAGCAGCAGACUCUUUCCACUCCUGUCCAGCAUCAUUCCCAGGCCAUUCCCACUCUUCUAGCCCCACCAGCACCCACACCCCCCUCACAACCCACAGCAGUUCUCUCUGCCCUGCCUGCAGCUAUGGCCGUCACGCCCCCUGUUUCUGCCACCAUGGCCAAUGCCGUGGCAUCUCCCACUCAGCCGGCAGCUAGCAGCACUGCAGCUCUGAGCUCCACCCUUUCGGAAGUUAAAAUCAAACAGGAAACGGAGCCAAUGGACACCUCACAGCCAGGGGCCUUGGCUCCUUCCUCGACAGGUCCAGCUUCAGCGCUCUCCUCCCAGGCCUCCUCUUUGUCUGCCCAACCUGGAGACCUCCUGCCCGGGGCUUCCCCAAGAAAGAAACCCCGCAAACAGCAGCACGUCAUUUCCACGGAGGAGACAGAGAUGAUGGAGACCAACAGCACAGAUGAGGAGAGAGCCAGCAGCAGGGCUUCAGGAAACAGACCAGACAGACACGAGUCUCCACCUAGGGAAUAUGUUGAUGAGGAGGGUGUCCGUUACGUCCCAGUCCGUCCCAGACCUCCCCUUACUCUUCUGCGCCAAUACCGUAACCCGUGGAAAGCUGCCUAUCACCACUUCCAGAGAUAUAGCGACAUCAGAGUCAAAGAAGAAAAGAAAGGAAGCCUUCAGGACAUGGCCAAUCAGAGGGGAGUUGCAUGUCGCGCUCAGGGAUGGAAAGUGCACCUGUGUGCUGCACAGCUGCUGCAGCUGACUAACUUAGAGCAUGACGUGUACAGUCGUCUGACCACCUUGCAGGAGGGGCUUAUUCCAAAGAAGAGAGCUGGAGCUGAUGAUGACCUGCACCGCAUCAAUGAGCUCAUACAGGGUAACAUGCAGCGCUGCAAGCUUGUGAUGGAUCAGGUGAAUGAAGCUCGGGACACCAUGAUGAAAGUGCUGGACCACAAAGAGAGAGUCCUUAAGCUGCUCAACAAGAAUGGAACUCCCAAGAAGAGCUCCAAGUUAAAGCGCAAGGAACGGGCAUAGACGCUAUAUGGUCUUAUUCUUUUCUCGAAUGCUCUUCAUAAGGACCUGUCAUGGUUAAUCAGGUUGCUUUGCACAAUCAUCUACUUUCUUUUACAGUCUCAGUAACACAGAGUGACAGUCGUAAACCAUUAAAGCAUUUUUAUAACAGCCGCUGCUUACUGUGGACUAUAGACUGUCCAAUGGAUUUAAUGCAGCAAGGUUAAUUGAUGUUUUUUGUAUUUCCCCAAAAAGAAAUGACUACAUUUUUAAAGAAACAUUGUGUUGUAUUUUCGUUUAGUUAUAGAGGCAAAUACUUUGUUGUAGUGAGAAAAUUGGAAAGGUCAACUUUUUUGAUAGAAGUUACUCUUGUAUUUAAUUUGAUACACACUGCACACGUACCAAGGAAAGAGUGUGAGCUUUCCAUGUUUUCGUGCCUUGUAAGAUGGGUGAAACUGUGGGAUGUGAAGAUCCCGGAUUAGUCAACAAAUUUAGUCCGCUAUGAAAAUACAUGGUAGCAGCCUAGAUGGUGACAGUCCAGUUAUUAACCAGUUGUUUAUUCAACUCAACAUUUAAGCGUUAAAGAAUGACUGAUGAUAGUACAGAGCGGUGAAAUGUGUACUUAAAAGUCAGUAUAAUUAUGUAAUAAGAAAGUGUUUAUUGUUUCAGUGCAAGAACAUUAUUGUUAAUAGAUGUGGUUUUCCCUCAAGUCGUUUGUGCUGUUUUACAGACUGUAAGUGAAAUGUUGUUCUAAGUUUGAAUAAUAAUCUGGCUUUUUUGUACAUUUUUGUUACUUUGUUCAAUUUUGUUUGUACACUAUUAUGUGAUAUUACAGUAAAACUGGAUACAUUUACAAAG